AUGUUUAGACUUCUUCUGGCCAACAGGGGUUCUAUAAAUUGGACUCGGCGGUCAUUGUUCACUGCAGGGCUGCAAAAGACGGUUUUUCGAAAUGCGUUCUUCACCAGAUCUUCGCAAUUGGCCAAUAAAACCUGUCAGUUCCGGAAUUACGCCACUCACAAAGAAUUGGCAUACAGACUAAGAGGUCUCGGGAACCCGAAAGUCUCUGGUUCCUUGGUCAAGUCGCUGAUCUUUACUGUUGGCUUCUCUGCCGGCUGCUACGUUGCAACACCCUACUUAUUUAAUUAUACCCCAUUGUCAUACUUCAAACGGCAUCCCGUUCACUUACUUUAUGGCCUUAUUGGAGUCAACAUUGGAAUAUUUCUUCUUUGGAGAGCUCAGACAGCCAGUUUGAGAACAAUGAAAGUUUUAAACAAGUAUUUUCUACUGGAAAGAGGGCCUUCAAGACCUUCUGAAUGGUCUCUUCUGUGGUCUGGCUUUAGCCACCAAGACUUUGCACAUCUGCUGAUGAACAUGCUCUGUUUGUACUCGUUUGGAACCACAAUGCUACAAGUUCUGGGUGUGGUCAACUUCACGUCGUUAUAUCUGAUUUCGGGAGUGGCGUCUUCAUUCGCCUCCAUCCUAUUCUCCACCAUAACACGGUCAUACGGUAUGUCUCUAGGAGCCUCGGGUGCCAUUUCUGCCAUAUUUGCCGCGUUUGCAACCAUUUUCCCAAAGGCCGGAAUCUCACUAUUUUUCCUCCCUCUUCCGGGUGGAGCCCAAGUAGCCUUGCUCGGAUUCACUGUAUAUAACAUUCUUGGGUGCUUCUACAGAUGGGGAGGUCUAGAUUACGCCGCACAUUUAGGAGGAACUUUACUUGGAUUCCUCUAUGCCAAAUAUCUGCAACAAAAAAGACGUUAUCGAUAA